AUGGAGUCUGUUCAUCACGAUUCGGAAAAGAUGUCCCAGUACAUCGCUGCCGUUGCCGUUCCCAACUCCCGCCGCUUCGUGUCCGUCCACGAUAACAACGGACAGUUGAUGCUCUUCUCGCUGGGGACCGACUCCAAACUCUACGUCUCUGCUCUCGACCCAUCGGGAAACCGAGUCAUCCGCGAUUUGGGCAAUUCACUGGGAUUCCCAUCCGCCUACGUCGCGCACGCCUUUGACGUGGUCCAGGAUGCCAAGUCCAAGCUGUACAUAUCGGUGGCCAUUGAGAAGUCGUCUGAUCCCUCCAAGAGCUUGCUGUACCUGCUGCAGCCCCUCGGGGCAAUCAAUAUGGACUUCUCAUCCCCAGACCUGAAUCUCGAGUCGCUCAUCAUGGACGGCAGUGUCUCCGAGAGCGCCAAGGUCAUCCAGAUCUUCAUGGCUCCUGCAGUGGGCAAAAACUAUUCUCCCGUCGUCUUCUCCUUCCGCGAUGAGAUCCACCACGCUGAAGACCUCGCUUCUGCCUCCGUGACCAUGUCCGAAAGUGGCUACUCGUGGAAGAAGAAGAACAACGUCAGGCUUCCGGUAAAUGCAGAGAAGGUAAUAGCAGUGCAGCCUGUGGUCAUGAAAUACGGUUCCAAAACGAUCCCUGGACAUGCCGUUCUCCACAUGGCACAAGGUAAAAAAGCUAUCGUCUUCAUGUCAAUUGAUGCUCCUCACGACAUCGACGUGCCUCUCAAAGAACCAUCUGAUCCAACCCCAGCCGAUCCUCGGGCUCUGGCCGCCGUACAGACGCCGGAUGGGUUCAGUGAUCUCCUCGCCGGGGGCACUGGCUUGUUUAGGUUUAAAGCCAAGGAAUUGGCUCAUCCUGGCCCCAGCAAAGUAACUGAUGCGGGCGUCUUCUCCUCGGUCAAGGACCUUCAAGUCACAACGUCUGGUUCCGGGACCUCGGUGUGGGCUUCAAACACCAACAACGGCAUUGGAUACAUGAUGACGGACACUCACUUCGGGGUGCCCGACCCGGUCGCUGUGCAAGUCGUUCCGGACCACCAGGGGGGCUACUUUGCUCCCUUCAAAUCGACGCCGUCGGCAUGUGAGGCAUUCGUCUUUGCUAACAAUGUUGGCAAUAUCGCCAUGCUGGAGCAGGGCAAGAGUUCCCAAAUUUGGAAACCAGUCCCCAUCGUUCAGCCGUCCUUGGAUAAGGUUAUUGAAGUGCAGUCCUACAUGACCCAGAUCAAGCCCAUCAGCGCAUCGGGAGCCCCCCUGCUGAAUCAUCCCGUCAUUCUGAGGUCUUCGGGGGAAACGAGCGUGAUUGUAAACGGCCGCGGCGUCGUCGCCACGAACGCGGGCGUCGCCGUUAUGACUGACCAAAGCGGCCUUCUCACUCUCACCGUGCCGACGGAUGACAUUUCGACACCCAAGUUUAGCGUCACCGAUGCUUCGCCUGGCUCCGAGUCCGCAAAGUCCCUGGCGGUGGAUCCGGCAGACAAGAUCAACCAGAGGUUAUGCAAGAUUAAGCACAAGGAAGAUCUGGACAUCGACCUAGGGCCUGGCCAGGGGAAGCUGCUCGAUGGUACCAAGUUGACGCCUCAAGAGAUCGAAGAGGUGGCAGGGUGCAUCCAUGAGGCCAUGAAGACGAGACGUUCCUUCGACCGAGGCGAAACUCCCUACACGGUGCCGCUGGAGGACAGCCGUGGAUUUCAUGCCCAAGAAAUAAUUCAGGGGGCGGAGAACGGGGUUAAACGUAUGCUGUGGGGAUGGUGGCAUUGGCUGGAAAAGCAGGUUGACAAGGUCAUUUCAUUCAUUGUCAACGGAACGAUCGUCUUGGUCAAGAUAGGAAAAGAGAUCUAUCAAUUGGUCAUGGAGACGGUUGAACACGUAGGAAAGGUCCUCUCCUUCAUCUUCAAGAAGAUUAUGGAGCUUGGGAAAAAGCUCGUCCAGUGGUUGGGAUACCUCUUCAAAUGGGGGGACAUCAAGGACACCCGAGACUCCAUUUUGAACAUUGUCCAGGAUGCCCUUGAAGAAGGGCCCGUCUUGUUGGAUUCUUUAAAGUCGAAAUCAAAGGACUUCUUUGAAUCCCUGAAACAUAAAGUAUCAGACAGCCGACCAAGCGAGGCGGAGAUGAAGAAACUGGAUAUCAAGGCGAACGACGCCUCGGGCUCGAAAGGCCAAUCCAAGAACCCGGCAGGGAAUUCCAUGGCUGCAAAUUGGGCGGCGUACCAGUUUAACCACGGGGGCGGUCGCGAUGCGUCCACCUUUUUGUCAGGAGCAGUCAUCUCGGACAUGCUGAGCCCAGCGGAACGGGAGCUGUUUGACAAAGUAGAUGAGGAGCUGAAAAGCAUACAGGGAAAACACCAAGACGAGAUUAAAAGUCGCAUCAACCAAGUGGUGCAUGAUUACGAACCCCGAGGAAAACGCUCUCUGGACGCAAAACAGGCUCACGACCAGGCGCCGACAAAUUUCUUGAUCGGCUGCAUCGACGGCGUGGAGAAGCUGACUGACAUGCUUCUGAACUUGAUCAAAUCAAUCAUCAAGACGUUCAACGGCAUCAUCACGGCGCCCAUCAACGUCCCCAUCUUCUCGUAUCUGUACAAGACGUUCAUCCGGCCGGGGCAUGACCCGACCAUCCCUCGACGUGCUGGCAUUGGUCAUAGCCAUACCCGCGACCGUUUUCGCCAAGAUAGUGACGGGCAAGAAGCCGCCGGCAUCCCCAGGGGCAAGUUUGCUACCAUUAUCAAGAACCUGGCAAGCGGCAAGGCUGUGCCGGAUCCCGAGUUCAACAAGUUCGCCGCAAUUAUCGGCGUGUCGGCGGCCACGAUCGCCAUACUCAUCAGCAUCCCGGAAAGCUUGCUUCCGGUAUCAGCCGAGCUAACUGAUCAGCACGACCAGCUGCUCUUUGUUGGUCAGCCUCGGCCGACGGCCAGCUUGGUGGCCCUCGCGGACCUGGAGGUAUCACAAGGUAAGAAGAAAGGCAAGGUGACGCUCGACCACUUCCUCGACCCCUGUAUCUUGAUGUACACGCUACACAGCGUCCCGCUCGGGGACAAGAAGCCCGGGUAUACGCUGCGGCUCAUCAGUUGGGUCGUGGCCUUGUUCAACUCGACGACCAAUAUCGUGCUGCACUUCAUCACGGCGCUCACAAAGCUGGUGGUGAAUAAAGUGCGUGCCGUCCUCGACGCCAUUCUCCAGGCCGUCAUCUUUGCGCUUUCCGUCGCGGCGAGCGUCUUGGAGAUCAUAACUCCGGAUUGGCCUGGGAAGAAUGACGGCGACAGCGCGCUCGACAUGGCGAGUUACGUCUUCAUUCUUCUCGGCGCCUGGAGCGGAGCGCUCGAGAGGGUCAUAAAAGGGACGAAUCCGGAGUUGGAGCUCCUUGUCAAAAUUGUAAAGUACGCAUCGUAUGCUGUAGCUGGCAUCAUGGUCGCCACCAAGGUUGGCAUCCAUGUUUCUCAUGGCAAUUGGACCGAUAUCCCGUUUAUGGGAGACGUUUAG